UUUGGAGCUUGGAAGCAAUUUUCUCAAAAAAGAAGGAAAAAAGAAAAAGGAGAUGAGAGAAAAAAGACGCGCUCACUAGAAGUGAAAGCGAUCGCGAGCCAAAGGGAGAGAAAAAGAGAGGGAGAAGGGAGGGGGACGGGGAAAAAAGAGAGAAAUAAUUUGGGGAUAAAAAGAACAUUUCAGUAUUGACAGAAGCGAGGGAGAGAGACGAAGAUGGACAAUAGAAACGUGGUGGUUUGCGACAGUGGCACAGGGUAUGUGAAGUGUGGCUUUGCUGGAGAAAAUUUCCCGUCCUCGGUAUUCCCUUGUGUGGUUGGAAGGCCGCUGCUUCGUUACGAAGAGUCGCUCACCGAGCAAGCAGUGAAGGAUAUUGUUGUGGGUGAAGCUUGUGCAGACUUGCGACACCAACUUGACAUAUCUUACCCUGUUAGCAAUGGAAUUGUGCAAAACUGGGAAGAUAUGGUCCAUGUAUGGGACCAUGCUUUUUUUAAUGAACUGAAGAUAGAUCCAACAGAUUGCAAAAUUUUACUCACAGAUCCACCUCUUAAUCCUUCAAAAAACCGUGAACAAAUGAUAGAAACCAUGUUCGAGACUUACAAUUUUAGUGCUGUUUUCAUUCAAAUCCAAGCUGUUUUGACAUUGUAUGCCCAAGGAUUGCUCACUGGCCUUGUUAUUGACUCUGGUGAUGGUGUCACUCAUGUGGUGCCAGUUGUAGAUGGUUACUCAUUUCCACAUCUCACGAAGAGAAUGAAUGUAGCUGGCAGACACAUAACAUCUUAUCUUGUUGAUCUACUCUCUCGAAGAGGGUAUGCAAUGAAUAAGAAUGUGGAUUUUGAAACUGUAAGGGACAUAAAAGAGAAGCUCUGUUAUAUCAGCUAUGAUUACAAGCGUGAGUACCAGUUAGGUCUAGAAACUACCAUUCUGGUCAAGAAUUACACUCUGCCAGAUGGAAGGGUAAUCAAAGUUGGAACUGAACGAUUUCAGGCACCUGAGGCUCUCUUCACUCCAGAACUCAUUGAUGUUGAAGGUGAUGGCCUGGCUGACAUGGCUUUUCGGUGCAUUCAAGAAAUGGAUAUUGACAACAGGAUGAUGCUUUACCAACAUAUUGUUCUUAGUGGUGGGAGCACUAUGUAUCCAGGAUUGCCCAGUCGCUUGGAGAAGGAAAUUCUUGACCGCUACCUAGACGUAGUCUUGAAGGGAAAUAAGGAUGGACUAAAGAAGCUACGUUUGAGAAUUGAAGAUCCUCCGAGAAGAAAGCAUAUGGUAUAUCUAGGAGGUGCAGUGCUUGCAGGAAUCAUGAAGGAUGCACCAGAAUUCUGGAUAACCAGGCAGGACUACAUGGAGGAGGGGCUCAACUGUUUAAGCAAGUGCGGGCAGGCGUGACCAAAUGACAAAUUAAUGCCAUCACCAAAAUGGGAGAAGAUGGUGCACGAGAAACGGGAUUCCUCGGCAUAUGUUUAAUGUGUACAUGUCAUAACUAUAUUCUUGUAAUCGAUGUAAUCUGAACAAAACGAAACACCACCACCAAAGUCACUGAAUGCGUAAAAUAACAAAUUGAGAUAUAAUGUCGUUCUCGGUAGUUUCCCGUCUCCUAGAGGAAUGAUGCGCUUGAUGAUCAGAACUGUACU